AAAGGCUGGAAAAGGCAUAUUGGGGCGGCGGCUAAGGACGAAGAGGUGAGACGCUAAACACACCGACAAGGCGUCUCCUGAGGUCAUGGAAUCCUUGGCUACGAUACUGGGACCUUAAAGUGUCCAGAGGAACUGCGGUAUGCUGUGACGUCAACGAGGCUCGAGAUCGUUCGAGAAGAACACUACGGGCUAAAGAUGGCGGAUCUUUACGCUAAGUACACCUGCACCUACUGCCAGGAGGAUAUUCAGGGUCUGCGGAUUAAAUGCGUCGAAUGCUCAGACUUCGACCUCUGCCUGCAGUGCUUUUCUGCUGGAGCUGAAAUUGGACCACACAAAAAUGAUCACUCCUAUCAAUUUAUGGACUCUGGGACCAUCAGCAUAUUUACUGGCAGAGGUAACUGGACUGCCAGAGAACAUCUCAGACUUCUGGAUGCUAUUGAACAAUUUGGCUAUGGUAACUGGGAAGACAUCAGUAAGCACAUUGAAACUAGAACUCCUGAAGAAGCAAAAGAAGAGUAUGUUGCCAGGUACUUGGAUGGAAAUAUUGGAAAAUUCACAUGGCCUUCUACUGAGACCUAUACCCCAAAUCUCACAGAUGCAACUAAUUCAGACCAUGGCCCACUUUCUCCAGACUUGACGUCACGCUUACCUCCAUUAGACAUCACAACUGACGAAGCUACUCAACUUGGGUACAUGCCACAGAGAGAUGAUUUUGAAAGAGAUUACAAUCAUGAAGCAGAAUCUCUUGUUUCUUCACUGUUUCUGAAUCCUGCUGAAGAUGAUGAUUUGGAUAUUGCACUGAAACUCGCACAAGUUGAUAUGUACACAAGUCAUUUGAGAGAAAGAGCCAGGAGAAAACGGGUUUUAAGAGAUUAUCAACUGGUAGCUCAAUUUUUCGCAUCUCAAAAAGAAAAGAAGGAAAGCAGCAAAAAAAAGCAAACCAAAGAAGAAAAAGACUUCAGAGACCGUAUGCGAUCUUUUGCUCAAUUUUACACAGCACAGGAGUAUGAGCAAUUUUUGGCAAGUCUCGAAAAAGAACGAGAACUUCGGUUACGGCUCUCUGAACUAUACCGCUACCGCGAGAAUGGUGUGACGAGGCAUGAAGAAUGUACCCACUUUGAACAGGUGAUGGCCCAAGGACAAGCGGACGCGGUUGAUCAUUGGUCCGAACGCAAAUCUGGCAGCAGUGGGUCAUCCAAAGCAAUGCAUCGCCAAGCCUCAAGAAGAAGAGACGAAGAAAAAAGUUACUCUUCCAUCGACCGAAAAUCCACUGUAAAAGCCGACUCAGCCAGCAACUCUUCAGCCACCACUCGGAUGAUGACUCCAACCAGUCACUGGGAACAGGAUAGCAAUUCAAAUCAAUACUCGAUCCAUUCGAAUUCGACGAGCGACAGAGGCAACAAUUCUUGGAAUUCAGGAAAAUCGGGAAAUCAAGUGGACAACGAUACCAGAGAUAUAGAAUCCGAAGCUUCGGCACAUCUUCUUUCUUCACAAGAAAAACUACUAUGCCUUCAAUUAGAUUUGAAACCAACUCAAUACAUUACGCAAAAAACUCUUUUACUUCAAGUAAAUAUAUUUUUAUUUAUUCAGUUGACACGUCGAUUUCGAUCAAUCGUCAUAUUAACCAUGAAGACCGCUCUCGCCUUGCUGCUGUGCCUGGUCGCCGCGUGCGCCGCUGAGCAGAAGUACACCGACAGAUUCGACCACAUCGACGUGGACAACGUGCUCAGGAACGAGCGCCUUCUCAAGCCCUACCUCAACUGUCUGCUCCACGACCAGACUUGCACCGCCGACGCCCGGACGCUCAAGGCUCUCCUCCCCGACGCACUGACGACCAACUGCGAGAAGUGCACCGAGAAGCAGAGGGUGAACGCCAGGAAGGUGAUCACCCACUUGUCCUCGAAGAAACCCGACGUAUGGAACCAGGUGCUCGCCAAAUUCGACCCGCAGAAUGUCUACAGAACCAAGUACGCCAAGGAAGCCAGAGCUCUGGGCGUUCAAGUCUAAACUGAGCGUCUCGUUCUUUAACUGUCAUGCUAAUCCAGAAAAAAAUUUGCACGUUUUUGUUACUCCUUGAAAAAAAACAAAAAAAAAAAAAAAAAUCCAACAAUAGCAAUGUUUGUCCGACGUACGCAAGAUAAAAUAAUGAUAAUAAAAUAUAAAAAAAGAAUAGAUGGAUAAUAAAGAGCUAUUGCCGAGUUGAAAAAACAAA